GGCGGGGCGAGGGGGUAUCACGUGACCCGGAAGAAUAAUGCAGUCAGCGGCGUUGUGGAUGUAAGGGCUCUUCCAGUGACCCAUCAUGCCGGAACACAGCGAUGCCAGCCUGCCCCCAGAGGAGCGGCUACGGGCUUUGGUACAGAAGGGGACAUCCGUGGAAGUGAAUGAUGACAUACCACUGAAGCGCUACUACCGAUCUGGGGUAGAAUUGAUCCGUAUGGCCAUUGUGUACACAGGGGAGGGCAAUACAGAACACGCUUUUAUCUUGUACAACAAAUAUAUCACGUUGUUUAUAGAAAGGCUUCCUAAGCAUCGAGAUUACAGAACGACCAAUGCUGUAGAGAAGAAGGAAACAUUAAAGAAACUAAAAGAAGUGGCUUUCCCAAAGGCAGAAGAGCUCAAGAAAGAGCUGCACAAGCGAUACGGUAAAGAAUAUGCCGAGUUCUUGGAGAGAAAGAGAUGUGAGGAAGAGGAGAGCACACGCCGGCUGGCCCUGCAGCAGCAGCUAGAAGCCGAGAAGCAAAGGGUGGCGCUCAUGAAACGGCAGCAAGAACAGCAGGAGCAGUUCCAUGCCUUUGAGGAGAUGAUCCGAAGGAAAGAAUUGGAGAGUGAGAGGCUACGCAUCCUAAAUCAGUUCUCAACGGACACCCCUGGCUCAAAAGUGUCUGAAGGACCCCUCAUCCCGGGCGUUACCGAGCCCCCUACCACUCCACAGCUCCCCACAAAUGACACUGUCCUACCAAGGCCACCUGUUGUUGACAGGACUCUAAAGCCGGCAAGUCAUCAUGAAGGCUCAGCUGGCAAUGAUGGACUGCGCCAUCUCAGGAUUCCUCGGGAAGCGUGUGUGAAGUUUCUAAAGCUGGCAGAGGUGAACACACAAAAAGCAGUGGAGACCUGUGGCAUCCUGUGUGGGAAGCUGUUGCAGAAUGAAUUUACCAUCACUCACGUCAUUGUGCCUAAGCAGUGUGGUGGUCCCGAUUAUUGUAACACUGAAAAUGAGGAAGACCUGUUCUUGAUUCAGGACCAGCACGGGCUUAUAACACUGGGAUGGAUACAUACCCAUCCGACUCAGACUGCCUUCCUCUCCAGCGUGGACCUGCACACUCACUGCUCCUAUCAGAUGAUGCUGCCAGAGUCCAUUGCCAUUGUCUGCUCCCCAAAAUUCCAGGAAACCGGGAUUUUCAAGCUGACGGACUAUGGCAUGAAGGAGGUUGGUGAAUGUCGACAGAAAGGAUUUCAUCCACAUUGUAAAGACCCUCCUCUAUUCAAUACCACCAGCCACACAACAAUCUGUGACCAGGAUGUCGUGGUCAUGGACCUGCGAUAACUCCUGCAAGGUGUAUGCCAAAUACCAUUCCUUUUCACCCCGUAACUCCUGACUUGCCACGUUGCCAUUAAACUCUGUAAAGAGCAAUUUGUAGAGAUGAACUAUACUAGAAGAAACAACGUAAUUGUCUGCACUAUGGAGAUUGCGGCCAUUCAGAACUAGCUUCUGCUUCCCGGAAUGCUCUCCCAACUUCAUCAAGUAGAAAUGGCUUUACUCCGUGUUCUGGGCUGUGCAUUAACUAUGAAACCAGCUUGCAUCACUAAUGGGCUUUGCUAGUAAUAAUUACAUGCAACUGGAAUUGUUCUGUCAUGUUGAAGGCGUUCCAUA